CUUGUGAAAUGCAGCAAAAUUUCCACAAAUAAUUGAAGUUGUUUUAGGUAGCGUUAAACCCUUCGCCACCCAACUCCGCCUUUUCUCUACUUUUCUCUCUCUCUCUCCCUCUCCCUCUCUCUCUCUCUCUCUCUAAAGUGGUAUACCGAAACAACCACCUGCUCUUCGGCCUGAAGCCUGACAACUGAUCAAAUGGCAAACAGCAAUUUGCCUCGAAGGAUUAUUAAGGAAACGCAGCGGCUUCUCAGCGAACCAGCACCAGGAAUCAGCGCUUCACCGUCAGAAGAUAAUAUGCGGUAUUUCAAUGUGAUGAUACUCGGUCCGUCUCAAUCUCCUUAUGAAGGAGGGGUAUUCAAGUUGGAAUUGUUUUUGCCUGAAGAAUAUCCGAUGGCGGCUCCCAAGGUCCGCUUUCUGACCAAAAUUUACCAUCCUAACAUUGACAAGCUGGGAAGGAUAUGCCUCGACAUUCUUAAGGAUAAAUGGAGUCCUGCCCUCCAGAUACGCACUGUAUUGUUGAGCAUCCAAGCUCUCCUGAGUGCUCCAAAUCCGGAUGAUCCACUUUCUGAGAACAUUGCAAAGCACUGGAAGACAAACGAAGCCGAAGCAGUUGAAACAGCAAAGGAAUGGAGCCGUUUAUAUGCAACUGGUGCAUGAUUAUCGGAGUCCAUUACCAGCAAAUCUCAUUUCUCCAAUGUAUGUUAAUUGAAUUGUUGCCUUUGGUCUUGCAAUGAAAAUGAAAAUGAAAAAUCGUCUAUGAACAAUCUAAAUGUAAUAUUUGCUAGACCUUCAGUAUGUGUGUUGAUGAAUUUCGUGUUUUGUAAUACAUGCUGUUCAAUAUUGUGCUA